UUCAAUUUUAGCAAAAUUUACAAAGUUUUAUUGUUCCAAGAUGUCGUUUUUAACGGAAUACUUCGAUGAAUAUCGACAGCAUCCCAUCAGGAAGACCAUUAUGUGCCGCCCAGAAAACAGAUGGGCGAAGCUUGAUGGGAAAUGGCUGGACCCUCGAGUCGGGACGCAGGACAAAGCGUGGACCGAGGAGGAGAUUGACAAGUUCAUCAAAGCGACGAUGAAGAGUUUGCGGGGACAGUCCACCUACUACAACGAUUACUGCGCCCAUUUGUCUACAGAGUUCAAAACACGGCCGUUCAAGCCUCGGGAGAAAAAGAAGCGACCAUGCGGGGAGAAGGGGGAGAAGGCUCCCACCGAGGAGGCGCCGGCUCCGCAGUACCCCAAGCUGGCCAUCAAGGACACCGAGCUCAUGAAGGUGGCCAAGGAACUGUAUGAGCGGGACAUGGACAAGCCUACGCUGGAACCGCUGCCGACGCAUUUGAGGAUACUGGGCUACGUCCGCCCCUGCCUGUACAAGACCGGGCUCAGCGACUACCAGGGCGCCAUAGCUCGGCUGGCGUACGAGAUGGUGCGCGACGAUCGCAUCCCUCGCUACCACGCCCACAACGGCUGCCGGCCCCGCUGGGGGCUCCCGCCCGAGGGUACCAGGCAACCAGAGCUGGAUGGAGCUCCUUACGAUGGGGAGAGACUUUACUAAAGGUUUUGAAAGUCAGUUCAGAAUAAAUGUGACCGCAUCCCACACUACCACGCCCACAACGGCUGCCGGCCCCGCUGGGGGCUCCCGCCCGAGGGUACCAGGCAACCAGAGCUGGAUGGAGCUCCUUACGAUGGGGAGAGACUGUACUAAAACUUGUAAGAGUCAGCUCAGAGUAAAUGUAACCAUCCCACACUACCACGCCCACAACAGCUGCCGGCCUCGCUGGGGACUCCCGCCCGAGGGUACCAGGCAACCAGAGCUGGAUGGAGCUCCUUACGAUGGGGAGAGACUUUACUAAAGGUUUUGAAAGUCAGUUCAGAAUAAAUGUGACCGCAUCCCACACUACCACGCCCACAACGGCUGCCGGCCCCGUUGGGGGCUCCCGCCCGAGGGUACCAGGCAACCAGAGCUGGAUGGAGCUCCUUACGAUGGCGAGAGACUUUACUAAAGCUUUUGAAAGUCAAUUCAGAAUAAAUGUGACCUCAUCCCACACUAGUUACCAUGCCUACAACUGCUGCCGGCCCCGAGGGUACCUGGCAACCAGAGCUGGAUGGAGCUCCAUACGAUGGCAAGAGACUGUACUAACUUGAAGAAUAGUGACAGCAUCCUUCGAUACCGCACCCAUAAUAGCUGCCAACCUGGGGGCUCCCGUCCGAGGGUACCAGGCAUCCAGAGCUGGAUGGACCUCCUUACGAUGGGGAGAGACUGUACUAACUUUCAGAAGACUACUAAAGCUUUUGAAAGUCACACCACCACAUUACCACGCCCACAAUGGCUGCCCACCCGUCCGAGGGUACCAGGCAACCAUAGCUGGAUGGGGCUCCUUACGAUGGGGAGAGACUUUACUAACGCUUUUGAAAGUCAAUUUAGAAUAAAUGUGACCUCAUCCCACACUAGUUACCAUGCCUACAACUGCUGCCGGCCCCGAGGGUACCAGGCACCCAGAGCUGGAUGGAGCUCCUUACAAUGGGGAGAGACUGUACUAACUUGAAGAAUAGUGACAGAAUCCUUCUCUACCGCACCCACAAUAGCUGCCAACCCGCUGGGGGCUCCCGUCCGAAGAUACCAGGCAAACAGAGCAGGACGGAGCUCCUCACGAUGGGGAGAGACUGUACUAACUUUCAGAAGACUACUAAAGCUUUUGAAAGUCACACCACCACAUUACCAGGCCCACAAUGGCUGCCCACCCGUUCGAGGGUACCAGGCAACCAGAGCUGGAUGGAGCUCCAGGGAUAGACUUACUGAAGAUUGUAAGAGUCAAUUUGGAAUAAAUG